GUACACCAGAGAGGAAACUGGUCUGAUCUAGUCUGGUGUGGUGUGCAGGCAUUUUUUAUCAAGAGAUAAGAGUGGUAGGAGGCCUAAAUAUAUCUAUGGAGAAAAGAGAUCAACCAGCAGUUACGAUCCUUCCACUGUUGGCUCUUGCAGUAUUAAGCUUCUUGCCGGCAGACGUGAAGGCCGCCACGUCGCUGCCGACACCUGUGAAGCUCCAAUGGCAUUACUACAAGGUCCACAAUACAUGUGAUGAUGCCGAAGCUUAUAUACAGUACCAAGUGAAAAGGUUUUGGCAGUCUGACAAGAGCAUCACACCUAAGCUACUUCGCUUGCUCUACUCGGAUUGUUUAGUAACCGGCUGUGAUGCAUCUAUUCUACUAGACGUGCCUAACUCGGAGAAGACUGCACCACAGAACAUAGGCCUUGGAGGGUUUGUGGUGAUCGACAAGAUCAAAACUGUUCUUGAGCAGCGGUGUCCUGGAGUAGUUUCUUGCGCUGAUAUUCUAAAUCUUGCCACUAGAGAUGCUGUUCACUUGGCAGGAGCACCAUCAUAUCCAGUAUUUACAGGCAGAAGGGACGGCAUGAAGUCGAUGGCAGCAUCUGUCGAUCUUCCAUCACCAUCCAUCUCGUGGGAAGCGGCAUUGGCAUAUUUCACCUCUAAAGGAUUAGAUAUCCUUGACCUGACCACUCUCCUAGGAGCACACUCAAUGGGAAGAACACAUUGCAGCCAUAUUGUUGAUAGGCUAUACAAUUUCAAUAAUACCGGAAAGCCAGACAGAAGCAUAGCAGCAAGUUUCUUAGCCGAACUCCGGAAGCUAUGUCCCAAAACCCAAAAGGGCCAAACUGACCUACUUGUAUUCCUAAACCCAGAAUCAGGCUCAAAUUACACAUUCACAUCAUCCUACUUCUCCAGAGUUCUAUCAAAAAAAGUUGUCCUAGGAGUCGAUCAGCAGCUACUCUUUGGUGAUAUCACAAAGGAGAUUGUGACAGAAUUGCAGGGUUUUGAAGAUUUCCGGAAAUCAUUUGCAUUGUCCAUGAGUCGGAUGGGAAACCUAAAUGUUUUGACUGGAGGGAAAGGACAGAUACGAAGAGAUUGCCGAUAUAUAAAUCCCAACUAAAAAACUAUGUCCAUGAUAGGAUGAUUCUGAUCAUAUUAACUAUAAAAAAAAGUACUGCCCACUUCGAAUUGAUGGAAAUGUUUAAUGCUAGGAGUGGAAUAAUUCACAAAUAAGGGCAUCAAGAAAGUUUCCUCCGCCAAAUAAAAUUC